UUCAAUUACUGGUACCCCUAUUGCCAUACCCUCCCUGGAAAAUUGAGUGUCGUGCUCAUAACCGUCUCGAAUGUGUACGUUUCCGCGCAUCUAAAUUCCGUUGGAAAGGCUUUAUUUGACGUCAAUUUUACCCCAUUUGUGCAUGUGACCCGACUGACCUCAGGGUCACCCUACCAACCGACCAAUCAUGAUGAUGAUAGGGGAUGACGUCAGCGAGCCUUCCUCGCCGGAGUCCGCUUUCGAUGACACUGAUUUGCUGAACUCCGCCAUGCAUGAUGAAGUCACAGCUCAACUCGCUGCAGCAGGUCCCAUCGGUGUUGCCGCAGCUGCUGCCAUCGCAACUGGGAAGAAGAGAAAGCGCCCUCACUCCUUUGAAACCAACCCCUCAAUACGCAAACGACAACAGACGAGGCUACUCAGAAAGUUAAGAGCCACUAUUGAUGAGUACACUACCAGAGUUGGUCAACAGGCAGUGAUGAUCUGCUGUACACCGGGGAAACAGGAAACCAACUUCAAAGUCUUUGGCGCCAAUCCUCUUGAUCAUGUGGUCCGCAGCUGCAAGAGCGUCAUCAUGAGCGAGCUGGACAACGCGCUGGCCCAGCAGACACCGCCGACCCAGCCCGGAGACAACACCAACCUCUACGACCUGCCUCCUUUGGUCCUGGACGGCAUCCCGACCCCGGUCAACAAGAUGACCCAGGCCCAGCUCAGGGCCUUCAUCCCGCUCAUGCUCAAGUACUCCACGGGGAGGGGCAAGCCGGGGUGGGGCAAGGAGAGCUGCCGGCCCGUCUGGUGGCCCUCGGACCUGCCCUGGGCCAAUGUGCGCAGCGACGUACGCACAGAAGACGAAAAGAAGAAGGUAUCGUGGACUCAUGCCCUGCGCACCAUCGUCAAGAACUGCUACAAGCACCACGGCCGGGAGGACCUGCUGCCCGAGUUCAACGAUGACAAAGACGUCAAGGACCUGAUCCAACACCAGCGGACACAGACCACCAUCAUCCCCUCCCACGCCGUGGUGCAGACCAUCAAUAACCCCGACGGCACCGUGUCGCUCAUACAGGUGGACACUGGCAACACCGUCGCCACACUGACCGACGUCAAUCAAGUGCAGCAGGUGCAGCAGGUGCAGCAGAUGGGUCAGAUCCAACACGUGCAGCUGCACCACAUCCCCGUCCAGCAGCAGCCCCAGCAACAGCAGGCGGCCCAAGCCGUCCAGACCCUGGCCGACGUGGCAGCCUCUCAGGCCAGCACCACGGCCGUGGUCACCACCACCAACCUCCCCCAGGCGCCCCAGGCCACGCCCGUCUCGGUGGAGAUGAACAGCGAGGCCGCCGCCCACGGAGGGGUGGCCACCAUCUCCGAGGCCACGCUGGCCGAGGGGACGCACAUCAUGCUGUCCAGUAACGGCGAGACGAUGGGGACUAUCAGCAGCGUGGGUGCUGAUGGGGCAACACAAGGUAUUGUGAUCCCAGCCUCCAUGUACCAGAGCAUGGUCAACAGCAUGCAGCAGGGCGGUCAGGUCCAGGUCCACACCCAACUGCCUGUCCACACGGUGGCCGUGGUCGGGACCCAACCCACGGCCAUGGUCCAAGGCCAACACAUCCAACAAGUCGUGGUCCCGUCUGGCAUGGUAGCGACGACAGGCCAGCUGCAGCAGCAGCAGCAGCAGCAGUCUGGGGCUGUGCCGUUGGCGACUCAGGCUGUGGAGGGUUGACAAGGUUUUUCAAGAAAAGUCCAGAACAGUCUCUUAGAACCUGCACUGAAACUUCAGGUUAGUGUUCACAGUAUUAUUUUUAAUUUAUUUUCAAAUCAAAGGUGUAGGAGAAUCAGGAAGCCAGGUCCAGUUUGUUUUUUUGAAGAUGGCUGGUCAAUUAAACUACGGAUUAAAAGCAGAUGACUGAAUAUUUAAGGGUUUAGGUCCUGAAUGUCUUCAGCUUGAUUGUUCACAAAACGUUGUAUCCGUACUAAUAUUAUGUGAUUUCCAUUCAAAGAGCCUGGUUUCCUGCACGUUAAUGCAUUAGGGUUGGGUCUGGGAACCAGACCUUGAGGAUGUUUACUGCACAAAAACAGUAUUAUCAAUCGUAACGAUCCUUCGUUUUCUUUCGUUUUAAUUUUUUAGGGGUUUUAAUAGUUGUCAUGAUUUGCACUGUGUAAUACACAUCUUGGAAUAUUAAAUUAUUGUUAGUAAUUCUUGAAAUAGGGUUAAAUUUUGUAAAUUUCACUUCAAAAGGGAAAUCUUUAGAAUUAACGGCUUUGAAAUAUGUGAAAAAGUCGAUUCAAUAAAAUUCUGCAGCCUAUGUUAUUUGAA